AUGGAAGAGAUAGAGAAGGAGAGAUGGGCGGCGGAGGAGAAGAAUGGAAGAAAACGGCAGAUACUCACAAAAUGAGUCCAGAGGAAGUGAAAAAGGCAGGGAUCGAAUCAUCCAAGAGACCACCGGGCCACAACCCCGGCGGCGUCCUCCACCAGCGCCGUAGUUUACCGUUCAGCACCACCACCAUGACUGUCGUCGGUUUCCUUAUGGCUGGCGGAAUUGGGUACUCCGUUUUGUAUGCCUCCAAAAAACCAGAAGCCACCGCACUUGAUGUUGCUAAGGUGACCACCGGAGUUGCUGAUCCCGCCGAUACCCACCCACGCGGCGAAGCUACACCACCGGAAGACACCAGUCCACGAAAAUAACUAGAUCCCAUGCCUGUCUGUUGGGGAGAUCGUAGUGCAUAAUAGAGCGAGAUUUAUAACCACCAUCAUUUCUUGGACGUCGUAGUCUGUACCCAGCCUUGGAUCAACUAGCUCCAUCAAAUUACCCUCGUUUUUUAAAGCAACGGCCUAAAUAAAGCGACAAGGGAAAGAUGAUGAAUAAAUUCAAGUUUAUAAGUUGGAAAAGGUUCAUGUCAGUUACCCGAUCAAGAAGAACAAAAUGGUUCUCCUUUGUCCUGUCAACAGUGUUGGCCAUCCCGCUAACGAUCUCUAAAAGAACGAUGCCAUAGCUAUAGACAUCGGCUUUAUCCGUGAGGUAACCACGCAAUGCGUAUUCAGGAGCCAUAUAUCCACUGAAAAUCGUAAAGAAAAGGGAAACCUUGAAGCGAUCUUCGUAACCUAUCAGUUAUAGCAAACAAGGUGUAAACUGGCAUGUAAAUGACUCACUAAGUUCCAGCAAUACGGGUGCUUAUAUGGGUAUUGUCCUCUUCAUCAAGCUUAGCCAAACCAAAAUCAGAAAUCUUGGCGUUUAAAUCCUUAUCGAGCAGCACGUUGGUUGCUUUGAUGUCUCUGUGCACAAUCUUUAAUCUUGAUUCUUCAUGCAGAAAAAACAUCCCUCUCGCUAUACCAAUGCAGAUCCUGUAUCUUGUUGGCCAAUCAAGUUCCAACUGCCAUUUUUCAGUCCCUUCAAUCCACAAGGUCGAAUAAUUUAGCAAAAUAACAAGCCUCAUGGCUCCAAAGACAAUGCAGAUAAGGGUUUCACGAGUAAGUAAAGGAUAAUUGCUAUCGUAUCCAACUUAAUUGGUAUUUAAAAUAUUUCAAACGCCAUCAAUUUCUAAGCGUUUUAAUAGACUUCUUUCUACGACUUAAUUUAUAAGAGAAAAAAACAAAAGACAUUGUAAUAAGUAUAUAAGAUGCUUUUUGCGAUUUAACAAGUUUAAAUAUUUCCAAUAGUUUCCUUAUUGUAGAGGGAUUCUAUAGCAUGCAUUAUAAGGGAGGCAAAUUCAUAUUAUUUCAUUAGUAGUUCAUGAUUUUUGUUGGUUUUCAAUUAUUUAAUCAAUAUAAAUUGCUUUGGGCCAUAUCAAAUAC